GGAUGUACAGCAACGUGUAUAACUCGAGAUCUGUAUUUUUUUAACAUAGUGUCAGGAGAACUUUAAUGCAGACUUUCUAAACGAACAAGCGUGUCAGAUUGUAGUACGUGCAGACAUGGACGGAUUGUGGUGAAUAUAAGUGGUUCAUUAAUGAAAUGCUUAAGGCGGUAACCAUCAUCUGCUUAAAGUCAAUGAUUUGUGCUUUGGGGAAAGUAGUAUGGUGAUAUUUUAAUGAGUAGCACAAUACAUAGGCCCGCGGGCAGUGACGACAAUAUUACCACUCGUCACUGUACUGUCAUUUACCAGUGAAUAAUAUGUAAUUUAACAGUCGCAUCCAUCAUUUGUCUUAAGUGAAUUGUGAUAAGUAAAGGAAAUAGUGGCGAACAAUUUGGAGAUAAAAUUCAAAAACGGAUUUUAUACGAUAAGGGUUUCUCUAUUAAAUACAAUAUAUGAUGCGGUGUGAGAUAUAUUCAAGACAGUAAGCGGUGAAAACAUCGCAGUUUGACCUCAGGAGGAUUUUAAGCGAAAGCUGGCAGACAUCUACGAUUCAUUUAGCGGAAAUGGAUCAUUCGGCCCACACGUACAUCGCCCAGCUGCACGGGGACCACGACCACCAUAGCAACCACGCGGAUCACCAUGCCAACCACGCGGACCACCAUAGCAACACGCACGAGUACCAUGUGGUCAACGGGGACGCGGGUCAAGGUCACGCGGGGCACGUAGAUCACAGCCUUCACGCUGAUCACCACCUGGCCUAUUUCACCACAAAAAUCAACGCCACUAUGCUGUUCGAGCAGUGGGUCCUCAACUCCCCCGGAAACGUGUUUCUGGCGUGUCUGUGCACGUUUAUCCUGGCGAUCGGUUACCAGGGAACCAAGUGGUUCCGCCAAUACCUACACGUGCAUUGGCACUACAAGGGGAAAAUCCACACAAUACAGAGCAAGGAGCACUUGUUACAGACGGUCCUGUAUGUGACUGAGUUCUUAGUUAGUUAUCUUCUCAUGCUGAUCGUGAUGACGUACAACGUCUGGGUGUUUCUAGUGACAAUAAUCGGCAUAACCCUGGGUUACUUCCUUCUCGCCUGGCACAAGGAGUUUAACCCCAUGUCGGCGGCCCAGUGCGCGGAAACCUGCCCAAAUCGCCUGGACAGCAAGAACAUGAAGUACAAGCGGAACCCCUCGUCACAGGAGUUAAUGCCCUUAGACAGGGGUACGGACCUGGGCGCUGCAUGCGCGGGGUGUGGCAUCGAGGACGUGGAGGGUGGGAAUGAGGAGGACGGAUAGCCGGGGGUGGGGGCCCACUGGAUUAUUCGAGCAUUUAGUGCGUACACGCAGCGCUGCUAUGUGGCACCGAGGAUCAUGGUGUAAUAUGAUUGAGACAAUAAUGUGUAUGUAUUUUACUUAACACUUUCAUGUACGUUCCCAUGUGAAGCCACAUGAUUCAUGUCAAUGUGUACAAUACUCGUGCCUUUGAACUCGUUCAUCAGUUAUGUGUUCAUUUGUGUUGUGUUCUAGCUCUACAAAGUCAAUGUUGACUACACUGAAUAUUAAAUAUGAAUUAAUGCUUUCCGAGGCAUAACGGGAUCUAAACACCUACAGUAUGACAUCAAUGUCAAUUUUAUGAAUUAUCAUUUGUGCCCAUAUAUGACAACUUGCAGUAAUAUUUUUAACUUUUUAUGUGGUAUAAAAAACGUAUGCACUUAUUCAUCAUCUUGGUGGGCAUAAAAGCAGUUAAUAUAUCUUUUAACACAGUGAUAGAUCAUGUAAUUUUAGACAGUUAUAUCAUGAAAACAUUUGCUGCCCAGUAAUCUCAUUAACAGAAAUGCUGUACAAGUUGUCAUAAGUGAAAUGUGCAUGUAUUACAGAUAGAUAGAUACUUUUUAAUUCCUCCAUGAAAUGAAGAGCAAAACAUUGAUAUAUAUACAAAUAAUGACACAUAUUAUGAAUUACAUUUAACAAAAUAAUAUUCAAACAAUACGAGUAAACCAAACAUGCAUAUUAU